UGCCUGGCACUAGUGUCUGGUGUGCCCCUACCAGUGCCAACCUGAGCCUCCAGAAGGACAGUGAAACCUCAUCCCUCCAUAUCACCUGGCUCUUGUCUCAGGUGGACAUGGCCCACAAAAGCCACUUUCAACCCAGCGACCUGCUCUGGGCCCUGCGACCAAUCCUGGUAUGGAUCUUCUUGGUGGCCUGUGGAGGGAGCCACCCACUGCAAGCUAGGUUCUGGGGACACCCUGGGCUGGCAGCCAAUGCGAGCACAGGCCAGCUGCACCAGGCAGAGCACCCUCAGUCCUGGGUUCCAACACCCGAUCUGAGGAUCCAAGUUCCUGGUUCACAGACACCACCAGUGCCAGCACCUUGCUGUACCGCAGAGAUAGACAGACAAGAAGCAUCCAGCCCUGGGAGCCUCCUAGAGAGCUGCGGGACACCAAGCCCAGAAUGUGAAUUCUUCCUGGGACACCUUCAACGCGUCCUCCACAACCACUUCCACCCGCUCUUCCUGGGGAUACAACAAAUGCAGCAUCUCUGCUCAGAGCUCUGCCAGAUAUGGUUCACCACUUGCAAAGCAGAUUUUACCUGUGGCCCGACUUGGCUGUGGCCCUCUGGAACAAGAGGCUGUGAGCCCAGCUGCCGCACCUAUGAGCAGACUUUCGACAAUGCCACACAUCUGUGUCAUUCUGUUCUGGGUCAUGCCCUGCGGGUGGCAGCUCCUGGCUCCCGUCACUGCCUCAACGUCUCUAUCUCCUCUCCUCGUGCCCGACGUCCUCGCGCCUGGAUCUCAAAUGCUGUGGGCAGUGGCAGCGGUAGUGGCAGUGGCGACAGCCCUGAGUAGAUAAUUCCCGCUGGCAAAAGAAACAACUCCUGCUAA